GCAGCCGGCCCGGACCUGGCUAUUGUGCUCCACGUCAUUUGCCCUUAGUUAUACCCACAGCGCUGCAUGCCAACACGCCCCUUUCAGAGCAGCCCGUUAUGCCCUAACCCAUUCGGCUUUCACUCUCCCAACUGCAGCAAUUCCAACUUUCCUUACAACAAGGCGCUUGCCCAGCGAGCGGACACACACCUGCCCCAGCCGCAUGGGCAUAGGGGCAUUCCGAUGGCUCCAUACUGGGCAGCAACUUGUGCCAGCUAAAGACAGCCCGCUGCUUGAUCAGAUAUCCCUGUUCCCACAAUACACUCACUAUCCGAACUGCCGUCAGCACUUUGCCUGCAGGAUUCAGGCAGAGCCAGAGGGUUUCUCCCAUCACACACACAGGUGCAAGCGGAUCCCAUAGGCUGCCGCCUCUGAUACAGGAGACAGAGGGAGAGAGUGGGGGCGCAGAAGGGCACCUGUGGGAGCUGCUACCAGUCAUCCAGGUGCAGUCAUAUGGAGGCAAGCAUUGAGAAGAUGAGAAAAUGAAUGAAGAGAAAGUGUUGGAGAUUGACGGUGCUGUCGAUUUUUCUGGUCUCAAUACUGGAAUAAUUUGAUAAUAAUUAUGAGGCUAACCUGCAUGUUUUCCUUCAUCUUGCUGUUUGGAGCAGCUGGCCUCAUUGUUUUCAUUCACUUACAGGAUCCAGCAGAAAUGGUUCGCCAACAAAGACUGGCACCAGAACACUGGCUGAAUGGACACCUGAAAGGAAUGAAAUUUGAAUUUUCAUUGCAUCAACCCAAAAAGGACUGUACAUCGAAUAAUCAAUAUGGGGACACAAUGGAAAAUGCUGCAAAACAACUGAUGAAGAUAAACCAAGUUGUCCCUUCAUAUCCCCCUUAUCAGUACCCAGCACUGCUGCAGAAUACUAACAGGAGGCAGAAAAAGAUGAUGUUUCUGAAGAGAGAAAAUAAAAAAUCCACAGAGAGGAAACUGCUAAAGAAAAAAACCCGGUUCCUCCUCAAAGAGACACCCAUUCUCAUUGCCAUGAACAGCUCGGCUGUCGAUCUCACGCGGCUGGAAAUCAAUGACAAAAAUGGCAAAUGGAAGAAGCUUUAUGAGAUGCAAAUAGAACGGAAAAAGCUAAUGCGGGACAUAUGUUCAAAGUAUAAAAGCAGCAGCCGGAGGAUUAUUACGCCGUAUCACGUCUCACGGAUUUUUGUAGAAGAUAAACAUAAACUUUUAUACUGCGAGGUUCCAAAAGCGGGCUGCUCUAACUGGAAACGCGUCUUGAUGGUGCUAAAUGGGUUAGCCUCUUCCACCAAGGAUAUUCAUCACAAUACAGUGCAUUAUGGGAAUUAUCUGAAAAGGCUUGAUAGCUUUGACCGAAAUGGAAUCUUUUAUCGCCUUAACACCUACACCAAAAUGAUUUUUAUCCGGGAGCCUUUUGAGAGGCUUGUAUCUGCAUUCCGGGACAAAUUUGAGCAUGCAAAUAAUUAUUAUCAUCCAGUAUUUGGCAAAGCAAUUAUUUCAAAGUAUCGGAGGAACGCCACAAAGGAGGCCCUGUGGACGGGUUCUGGGGUGCAAUUUACAGAAUUUAUCCAAUACUUGCUUGAUGUUCAUAGGCCAGUGGGUAUGGACAUUCACUGGGACCAUGUAAGCAGACUCUGCAGCCCCUGUUUAAUAGACUACGACUUUAUUGGGAAAUUUGAAAGCAUGGAAGAAGAUGCAGAUUUUCUCUUGCAUCUAAUUGGUGCCCCCAAAAACUUAACAUUUCCCAGAUUUAAGGACAGACAUUCCAAUGAAGAAAGAACAACAAAUAAAAUUACCCAGCAAUAUUUUGCACAGCUGUCUCCUACAGAGAGGCAGCGCACAUAUGACUUUUACUACAUGGACUACCAAAUGUUUAAUUACUCAAAGCCCUUUGAGGACUUGUACUAAACACUUGAAACAGACCAUGUUUUGUAUAAAAUGUUCAUUUCAGGUUUUCAAUUGCUGUAGGAGGCUGACUUUGGUAACUAACCAUAUUGGCCAAGAGCAGAAGAAACACAAUAAAAUGUCUCAGUAGCUAAUCAGAAUUUUUAUAUAUCUGAGAUAAUUUGAUCAUGGGCAAGGCCAUCUGAGACCUUUCUCUAGCACUUACAAAGGGGAUUGCAGGUAUUCCUUCUGAUUCUAAAACUGCUGAUGCCAGAAAACAGCAGCGUUCGGCAAAGCUUAUUAUGUUUAAUUAAAGUUGACAUCUGGGAGUUUAUAUAUAAAUUAUGAUAUACAGUAAUUAUAUAUAAAAAUCAUCCGUUUCCCAGUUCAUUUACAUAACUCUAUUGGAGACCCUUCUUUGAAAAAUGUCUCCAUUUCCAUUUCUAGUGGCGGUGUCCUAAUUCAGUAUAUGAAAGACCACCGUUGAAAACAGGAGUAUUUAAUAUAAUAAUUCAGCUAUAAUAAUUAUAAAGGAAGUCUUAGAGGUGUCAGAACUUUCAUGCAAUCAGCUCAGAAAAAUGCACACAGAGGGUACAUGAGGCUGAUAGUAGGAGGCAUUGCUCACUUAAAUAUUGGCCAAGCCUCACAGUCACACAGGGGACCAAACCACCCAGUGCAGAAAUCAGGUUACUGCAAUGGUAGAAGAGCACAUGACACAAGGGAGGGAGGCAGGAAAUAAACAAAGGCCAUCAAUGUCUUGCAAUACCUGUAAGACAUUCUCUAUGACUUAACUUGGCUGCGUUCACUCAGGAGGGAAAGCAUUAACACAAUAGCUCUUGUAAACUACAGUUAAGAACCAAAAUGUUUAAAAAAACUAUCCAAAUAAGAAAACAUUGUCAGCCUUAUGCUUGGUACUGGCCCAAGGAGGGAAUCGGAAAGGUUUAAAAGAAACAUGUUGCAUACAUAUUUUAGAAUUUAUUGUGUGAUUAAUACAUUUUGCUAAAAAGGCUUCAUGCAAAGUGUUCAAGUGUUUCAGCCUGUUUGGGUAUUUUUAACAUCCCAUCACUAUUAAUAUACAGCUAUCAGGGGGCGCUGGGAAUUUGUUUGUUUUUGUUUAAGCAUUAGAAAAACCCAGUACAUGUCAUGAGCCUAUGUUCCACUGGUUUAGAAGUGUACAUUUUAUACUACAAAUUAUUUGUAUAUUUUUUUUUUAAUUGAAAUUAAAAUUUAUCCCCAAAAAAUGUAUCAGAGAUUUUGCACCCUAUCAAUAAUGCAAAUGAAUUAAUUUGUACAGGUGUGUGAUCUAUUAUACAGAAACCCAAUAUUUAGAAAGCCCUGACAUACAACAAUGCCAUGUUAUAUAUGUUCCUAUUUAAACAAACAAGUCUCCAUUUAUGAACUGAUUUGCCUUUUCUCUGUAACAAAAUAACAGUACCUAGUACUCGAUGGCAACAGAACUGCAUAAACCAAUGUUGAUGGCAAAACAAUUCUGUUGGGUUUCGCAGACACUUAAAUGUCUUUUACAGCCUUAAUACAUGGUGCUCCACAUUACAGAAAUACCUCUUAUGCAGAAAGCCCCAGGUCCCAAGCCUUCUGAAUAACAGAUCCCAUACCUGUACUGUUCUCUUUCAUCCCAUUAUAUAAUAUGCUACACUUUCCUUUUUGUAUCACUGAAAUAUAUCAUGUGUAAUUUUAUGUAGAUGUGGAUAUUUUUUGAGAGUAUAACUCACUUUGAUGCAGUUUCUACUUCUGAUAAAAGGAGUCUUGUGGGGGCAAAUUGUUUCUGAAUUUUCCUUUUCUGUUUAAUGAUUGUGGGAUGAGGCUAUCAGAUGUGCAGUGCAAAUAAAUACAGUUUAGGUUUGACUUGC